AUGACCAGGGUUGUAAUCGUCACCGGCGUAUCAUUCGGCCUCGGCUGCGCUAUCUCUAUCGCAUAUUCAAACGUCGUUUGUGGAGAUCUGAGUGGCCAAAUUCUAGUUGGCGAAUCGCAAACAACUGUCGGUCUCAUUAAUGAAGUGCAGCUCGGACGAGCGAUAAUUGUCUCAGUCGAUAACCUCAUAUCCACAGCUGUUUCUCAAUAUGGCCGACUGGAUGUUAUGGUUAAUAACGCGGGGAUAUCUCUAGAGUUAUAUAAUAAGCUCGGCCCCAAGCUAAUCACAGAGACCACUGACGCUACGUUUGAAAAGACAAUGGCAGUUAACAUGAGAUCCGUUUUCCUGGGUUGCAAAUAUGCCAUCCGCCAGUUCAUGACCCAGCUGCUGUUGACAUUGGGGAGCAGAGGCUGGAUCAUCAACACCUCCUCUGUUUAUGGUUUGCAGGCGGAGAUUAACCACGUGGUCACACAUAUGACUAAGUGUGUUGCGCUCGAGAGUGCCCCCGCAAAGAUUCACUGCAAUGUCAUCUGUCCUGGGUGUAAGUCACUUAGCGGUGUGUUGAGCAUUGAUAAUAGCAUUAACCUCAUGAUAGUCAUUCGAACAGGCAUGGACAGCAAUCUUCAUUCCGAUGAAGCCACGUUGGAUGCGACUGUUGCAUUGCAUCCGUGGGGAAGUCUUGGAAACCCAGGCGACGUUGCUAAAGCUGCGGUGUUCCUUGCUAGUGAGAAUGCAGGAUGGAUCACGGGAGUUUCCUUGCCCGUUGAUGGCGGGUACAUGGUGGGGUAG